CUGUUCAAGCCAAAUCCACCCAAGCUCUCCUUUCUUUUUGCUCAUUUCUUCUGCAAAGCAAUAUAUAUCCCAGCCAUGACGAGCUCUCCCCAGUCUUUGCAUAGGGUGAAUUAUGCAGCGCCACGAAGCUUUGGGAUAUUACUAAAAGCAAACCUAAAAGAGACCCUUUUCCCAGAUGAUCCAUUCCAUGAAAUCAAGAACGAGCCAAUUUCACGCAGAUUUUUAAAGGGGGCUCAAUAUUUUGUUCCAAUAUUUGAAUGGCUGCCAAAGUACAGUUUCAAGCUCUUCAAGUAUGAUCUUCUUGCUGGAAUAACUAUUGCUAGCCUUGCCAUUCCUCAAGGGAUAAGCUAUGCCAAACUCGCUAACAUUCCUCCAAUCAUUGGACUCUAUUCGAGCUUUGUUCCUCCUCUUAUUUAUGCGGUUUUUGGAAGUUCAAAACACCUUGCUGUGGGGACGGUGGCUGCUUGCUCAUUGCUUAUUGCUGCAAUUAUUGAAGAAAAAGUGAACGCUAACGAUAAUAUGCCGCUGUAUCUUAGUUUGGUGUUCACGGCCACUCUUUUCUCUGGUUUGGUUCAGACUGCUCUGGGUUUGCUAAGACUUGGGAUUUUGGUAGAUUUUCUAUCACAUUCAACCAUAACUGGAUUUAUGGGAGGUACAGCAAUAAUUAUUUGCUUGCAGCAACUGAAGGGCAUGCUUGGUUUGAAGCAUUUCACUACCCAUACUGAUGUGGUUUCUGUCUUACGUGCUAUCUUCCACAACAGAAAAGAGUGGAAGUGGGAGAGUGCAGUUGUUGGAAUAAUCUUCCUUACUUUCCUGCAAUUCACUAGAUUUGUGAAAAACAAGAAACCAAAGCUAUUUUGGGUUUCAGCCAUAGCUCCAAUGGUCACUGUAAUUGUCGGCUGCCUUUUUGCUUACUUCGCCCAUGCUGAGAAACAUGGCAUCCAAAUCGUUGGACAUUUGAGUAAAGGAAUAAAUCCUUCUUCCAUUCAUCUUUUAAAUUUCGAUCCCAAGUAUAUAUCAGCACCUAUAAAAGCAGGAGUCAUCGCAGCAAUGAUAUCUCUAGCUGAGGGAAUAGCCAUCGGACGGAGUUUCGCCAUCAUCAGAAAUGAACAAAUUGAUGGCAACAAGGAAAUGAUUGCCAUUGGCCUCAUGAACAUUUUUGGAUCUUUCACUUCAUGCUACUUGACCACUGGGCCAUUUUCAAAAACUGCAGUUAACUUCAACGCUGGAUGCAAGACUGCAAUGUCAAACGUGGUAAUGUCAAUAUGCAUGAUGCUAACCCUUCUGUUCUUGGCUCCUCUGUUUAGUUACACACCCCUCGUCUCUCUCUCCGCCAUCAUCAUGUCUGCAAUGCUUGGCUUAAUUGACUAUGACAAGGCAUAUCACCUCUUCAAGACAGACAAGUUUGAUUUCUGUAUUUGUAUGGCUGCCUUUUUUGGUGUUUCCUUCAUAAGCAUGGACAUUGGCCUAAUGUUAUCCGUUGGACUUGCCUUAAUCAGAGCACUUCUAUAUAUAGCAAGGCCAGCUACUUGCAAGCUUGGACUCAUAUCAGAAACUGGAUUGUAUCGCGAUGUGGAGCAGUAUCCUGAUGCAAAUGGAAUUGCGGGGUUUCUGAUUCUGAAGCUUGGUUCUCCUAUAUACUUUGCAAAUUGCAAUUACAUCAGAGAAAGGAUUCUUAGAUGGAUCAGAGAUGAGCGUUCUCUUACCAUUUCUAAAGGAAAUGAAAUUGAAUUCUUAUUACUUGAAUUAGGAGGUAUUACAUCCAUUGACAUAACGGGUGUUGAAACUUUAUUAGAAAUUCGAAGGUGCGUAGAAGCAAAAGGGAUCAAGAUGAUCUUGGUGAAUCCGAGGUUGGGAGUCUUGGAAAAGUUGAUGGUGACAGAGUCAAUAGACACCGUUACAAAAGAAUCUGUCUUCUUAACCAUUGAAGACGCUAUUGAUGCUUGCAGAUUUUCACUCAAAUGUUCAGAUCAAAUGAAAACAGAAAACCUUGCAAUAGUUUAGCAUUUUGGUUGUGUUGAAAAAGCGCAAGCAAAUUUCUCCAAAGUUUAAUAUACAAGUUGCUUUUUCCAGACGAUUGAUUUGUAAUCUCUUUUCAUCAGGACGAAAAUUUGUCAAGCUAUUGAUGAAAUUAUAGAGUUCUAAGUCGUUUGGGAACAAAUUAAACGAGCUUAAGGAUAUAUAUUAGCCACAUGCUGCUUAUCA